UCUCCAGCUUCCUAACAAAGAGCAAUAUUAUAACGUCACAUACAGGCAUUGAUGAUUUUAAUCCUAUAGAGAUUUAUACAUAGAACUUCUAAUAUGCCUUCCAGUUCUCGAAGAGUUGGACGCCAAGUCGUAAGUUUUCAUUCUACCACUCUCCUUUCCUCAAUAACACCGCUCCUUGAAGCUCAUUACCCUAGCAAAUUAGGGAAGAUAAAGAGUCCGAAGAAGACAGACCUCCAACCACUCAGCGGCGGCGGACGCAUUUAACACCAGAUUCCGAAGAAGAGGAAGAGGAAGAGGACGGCGAUGAAGAUGAUACAAGAGGAGAAGGCAUGGGUCUGGAUAGAGAGGAGUCUUUGGAUCAAGUUGUCAAAAAGCUGGUCAGAUAUGCUUUGGCGUGUGAGUUUCAACGGUUGCCCAUUACCAGGACCGGUAUCAAGGAGAAAGUUCUCGGUGCACAGACGAGAUCCUUUAAAUCUAUAUUUGAACCAGCACAAGAUUCGCUAAGAAGAGUAUUUGGCAUGGAAAUGGUGGAACUACCCGUUAAAGAAAAUGUAACCGUCAAAGGGCGGUUGAGUCAGUAAACCCUAAAAUCAUUUACUUUCAUAAACUAACCAAGCUGUCUCUCAGAGGAGGCUAGCAGGAAAUCGAAGGCUACGACGGCUUCCUCCUAUAUCCUGACAAGCGUCCUUCCUAUCGAAUAUCGAUCGCCCUCAAUCAUACAACCUUCGAAAGUGGUUAGCCAGUGGGAUGAAGCUACAUACAUUGGAUUCUACACAACAAUUGUCUCUGUAAUAAUGCUGAGUCCUGACUCUACGAUGACUGACAGCAAACUUACGUCUCUACUACGAAAGUUAAAUGCGGAAACUAAUAUGCCAAUGGAGAAAACCACUUUAAUUUUGAAGAAAAUGAUGCAACAAAACUACGUAACUAGAACCGUAGAGAAAAAUGACGGAGACGAGAUUAUCGAAUGGAGAGUAGGACCUCGUGGAAAAACAGAGGUCGGUACGAAAGGUGUGCAAGGGCUUGUCAAGGAAGUGUAUGGCGAAAAUGCUCCCGAAGAUCUCGACAAGCGAUUGGAGCGUAGUCUAGGGAAGAGGAAGAGAACCCACGAAGAAAGCGAAGGCGUGGCAGCGGCGCCGGAAGCAAAUGGGGGCUCAAGCUCUAGGAGGUUUUCCAAAAGAGCAAGGCCACGAAGGGAAGCGGAUGUCGAAAAUGAUGAGGAUGAUGAGGAUGACGAUGACGAAUAAUCAGUCAAUGUGUUCGCUAUACUGUAAUUUAUGAUUGUGCGGCGUUAGUUUGUGGAUAUCACUUAUCAAUUUAUGAGCAUGGGAGGGCCGCGAAAUAUAAUGCACACCACGGAAUAAG